AUGGCAUCUCUUCAACUAAAGAGAUUAGGAUAUCCAGAUGUCACCUUCUGUGUUGACUCUGCUAAUCUCUUUAACAAGAUCAAUGCCUCUUCCCAUACACUAACGGAGGAACACUGUACACUUUCUACAUAUAUAAAGGAUAUCUACAAGAUAACGUCUAGUGUAAUUUUAAGUUUAGGAAAGUUCCUAGAAAUGUGA